UUUCAAGGAGGGCUGAGCAGCAGUGCUCUGCAAUAUGCGCUCGCCGAACCGCUGCCCUCCKUGUCUUCGGUGUGUUGUUUACAGUAUUUCCUGCUCCGCAAAAAUAACAUGCAGCUGGCAACAACUUACAUUGGAUGGAUGUAGCGGAUCAGCACGCACGUUGGGCAUUGUUACGCCAAACUUUACUUGACAAACAUASACUUUUCUUUUAGGCCUACAUUGUCUUUUUAGGGACAUUUGCGCUUUGAUAGAUUGCCCUGCKGAAACUUUCCUUGACAAUAAAGGAGCAUAAAUGCCCCCCACGUAACUCAAUUUCCACCAACUGGAUCACAUUUUUAAAGUUGUUCAAGAUGCAGUUCCGAACUGUCCUUGAAGUGAAAGUUGUGGAUGUGCAGAAGAGGCGGAAUCCCUCCAAACAUUAUGUGUACCUCAUCAAUGUCACAUACUCUGACUCCACCUCUCAUGUCAUCUAUAGGAGAUACAGCAAAUUCUUUGAUCUCCAGAUGCAGAUCCUGGACAAGUUCCCAGUGGAGGGAGGGCAGAAUGACCCCAAAAAGAGAAUAAUUCCCUUCUUACCAGGUAAAGUUUUAUUUCGGCGAAGUCAAGUCAGAGACGUGGCUGUGAAAAGGUUGAAGCACCUUGAUGACUACUGCAGAGCCCUGAUGAGGCUCCCUAACCAGAUCUCCCAGAGUGAGGAGGUGCUGAGGUUCUUUGAAACCAAGGCUGAGGACCUUAACCCUCCUAAAGAGGACUAUGGGGGAUCCACCAAACGCAAGUCAGGCUUGGAUGGUGCAGAUCCUAUGCUACUGGAGCAGUACAUGGUGGUGGCCAACUAUGAGAAGCAGGAGCCAGCGGAAAUCAGCUUGCAGGCCGGCGAACUGGUGGACGUCAUCGAUAAGAGCGAAAGCGGCUGGUGGUUUGUCAGUACAGCGGAAGAGCAGGGCUGGGUCCCUGCCACCUACCUGAACACCCACAGCAACACACGAGAUGAACUGGAGCUGGGCGCCUCCAAGUCCGGGGAAGUCACUAAACGACGUAAGGCCCAUCUGAAGAGGCUGGACCGGAGAUGGACCCUGGGGGGAAUGGUCAGCAGGCAGCAGAGCCGAGGUGAUCUGAGACAGGAGGAGAAGUAUAUGACGGUUCAGCCAUACACCAGCGAGGGGAAGGAUGAGAUCGCCUUUGAGAAAGGAGUCAUUGUGGAGGUCAUCCAGAAGAACCUGGAGGGCUGGUGGUUCAUCAGGUACCAGGAUAAGGAGGGAUGGGCCCCGGCCUCCUACCUGAAGAAGGUGAAGGAGGAUUUCUCUCCCCGUAGUAGUAAUAAGAAGAACCCCUUAACUGGCCCUGUGGAGAUAAUCGGCAACAUCAUGGAGAUCAGCAACCUGCUCAACAAAAAGGCCCUGAGUGAGAAGGAUGUGCAGACAGAMAGCCAGUCAGAGGACACCCCCCUGACCACCCUCUCCCUGGCCAAGAGGCAGAUCAGCCUGCCCAUACCCUGCUCUAGCUCGGACUUCAGCCCUGGUGCCGUCCUGGUGGACGGAAAGGUCAAAGCAGAACCGGCCUCUCCAGCCAUAGGCCGCAUCACUCCUCAGAGAAUAGAGAUUGGCUCCCCGAUCCUCAGACAAAAGCCACCUCCUCGAAGAGAUGCAACUCUGGGAUCCAAUUUACCMUCACCACCAGAGCCCCCUACUGUUGAAGCAGAGUACUACACCAUUGCAGAGUUCCAGUCUGUCAUUUCGGAUGGCAUUAGUUUUAAUGGAGGGCAGAAAGCWGAGGUGAUCGAGAAGAACUCUGGUGGCUGGUGGUACGUCCAAAUCGGGGAGAAAGAGGGGUGGGCUCCCUGCUCCUACAUCGACAAACGAAAGAAACCCAACCUAAACCGCAGAACCAGCACUCUGAGCCGUCCCAAAGUCCCACCCCCAGCCCCGCCYGUCAAGAAGCAGGACUCUGAGGAGACCGCCCCUCCCAGCAGCCCUGGGUCCGAGGCUCCCGAGUCCCCUGUAUCUCCCGGGAGGCCUGUGUACGAGGAGCCAGAAUAUGACAUUCCUGCAAUUGGGUUUGAUCUGGAGUCAGAGUUUGAGUUCCUCAGGACAGAUGGGUCCUCAGUGGAUGGGAAGAAUGAGGAUGGCUCCUCAGGUAAGGGCUCUCAUCUGUCCUCCAAGCCGUCUCCGGCCUCUUCUCUCCACAGCGCCUCCUUCAAGAUGGGUGAGUCAUCAGAGGACGUGGGGCAGGAAGAGGAGGAGCCUGAGGAGUGUAUCUAUGAGAAUGACGGCUUCAGACCUUUCAGAGAGAAGCCUGAUGCACAAUCCAGUGGCGACUCGGAUUCCCCAAAGACGAGYGCCCCGUUGGAGACUAGCAAGGCUGAAAACUCUCACUCCACGUUGGGGGCAAGGAGAAAAGGGAAGAAUAUCCAGCUGGAGCUGAACGGAAGCCAGUCCCAUUCUCGAACCAAAGCAGAGGCUGGGGAGUCCAGCCCCAAACCUGCUUCCACAGAGUCCAUCCCAGAUCUAUCCAAGCAGUCCAGGUCCAAGAAGGACAAAGAGGAACACAAAAUGGGUUCCACCAAGUCAUCCACCAAACCUAAGCCAGUGGUCAGGCCUAAACCCCAGGUGGCCAAGGCCUCCAGUGCAGAGAAGAUGGACAUCAGCAGCCUCCGGAGACAGCUGAGGCCUACAGGCCAGCUGAAGAAGGGCUCCAGAGGAGAAGACUUUGAAACAGCCUCUGUCAUCUCCUCUGAGGACUCUGUGUCCUCCCACAGCACCUCUGACCUCUCCUCCAUCUACUCUAAAGGCAGCCGUGGAGACUCAGACGAGGGCUGCAGCUUCUACCGCACCACAGACACCUAUGAGAAGGUCCAGGACUCAGAGAUGAGCUUCCCUGCCGGGGUGGAAGUGGAGGUGCUGGAGAAGCAGGAAAGCGGCUGGUGGUACGUCCGCUGGGGCGACACUGAGGGCUGGGCUCCAACCUACUACCUGGAGCCUGUCAGGCAGCUGGACGACACAGCUGGGUCCGAGUCCGAUGGCACCCCCACCAAGCCAGGCAGCCUGAGCAAGUCCAACAGCCUGGAGAAGAACGAGCAGAGGGUCCAGGCUCUGAACAACAUCAACCAGAGCCUGAAGAGGAGCACACCUCCCAUCCCCUCCAAACCCCCGGGGGGGCUCUCCAAGCCCUUUGACCUGUUCAACAGCUUGCAUAAGCAGAGGAAUGGUACGAAACAACAACAGGUGGUCAGGCCUCAGUCUGUCUUCAUCUCCGGGCCGAUCAUCGACGGCCCAAACCCAGUCGGCUCCCUUAGGAGAGGUGAGUCACUCAACUCCACCGACCACCCACGCUCUAGUCCCACCGUGCGCCGCAACGCUUCAUUYGGUACAGCCCCGCGGAGCCCAGCGCCAAACGGUAACAUGGCGAACCGGAACAGACCCGGCACGGGCAGCUCCGAAUCACUGGGCCUUGGGUCUCUGAGGAACGGUCUACCUGUUUCCACUGUAAAACCCAAACCCCACCUCAUCCACAACAACCUCCGUGAGGUGUAUGUCUCCAUAGCGGAUUACCAUGGUGAUGAGGAGACCAUGGGGUUCCCUGAAGGAACAACUCUGGAGGUUCUGGAGAGGAAUCCUAAUGGGUGGUGGUACUGCCAGAUCCUGGAUGGAGGUCGACCUCGGAAAGGCUGGGUCCCCUCGAACUACCUGGAAAGGAAGAACUAGUAACACGCUUAUGUUCAGUGCACGUGCAAUCAGGUUGUCAGGUCAGAGACCAUGGAAGACAGUGKAAAUGGAAAUGGAAAGAAGACACUGCAUUUUUAGAUUUUAUAGAUGGAAAUCAGAAGAGACAAUCAUCUAAGUGGCAUCCUUUGUAUUUUCUAAACUGAGGGUGGCCAACCCAUCCUGGCAUGUCAUUUCUUGCCAUUUUAUUAAUCUCAUCUAAAGUGACAGAUAAAACACUUCAUCGUGCUAUUUUUAGACAGGAUUUUUUAUAUUCACAGACAGCCGGGUGGAUAGAACAAAUACCUUAGGCAUUCAAAUCAGCAGAAGGUCAACCAUAUUAAACGGAAGAAUUAAACAACAAAAGUGGUUGAUUUGAUGACACGUGCUUUUUAAUCCAAAAUGGAAGAAUAAUGGGACUUGGACACGAGAAGAGGAGCUUUGGACAGCUUUGGCUGAUGAUGAUCCUUUAUAACAACGAGAGAGGGUUUGUAAUAUGAUUACAUUACUUACUUAAUGAUUUCCAAUGGGCAAAACAUUACUCACUUCUAAUGACAUUUGAUCAUAAAACAUUUACUUUUUAAAGCUUUUUGCAUGGUUAAAAGGUUUCUGUACUGACCAAGCCUUGGGCCCAUUUUUAAGUAAACAUUUCUCUUAAAAUGUUUUGUAUGUUGUUUAAAAUCUGUUGCUACACCUUCUCAUAUGUUAAAUGCCAUCUGCAGAAUGUCUUGUGCAUGUUUUUAUGUAACUUUUUUUGUGACGCUUAAUGUAUAUUUWAUGUCAUACUUUUAUAUAGCUUUGUGUGUAUGUCAUCUUGUUGUAAAGUGUAUAUUCUGUCCAUUUAUUACAGUAUGUAAGUCAUUUUAAAUCUCUUAAAGCUACAGUCUGCAAUUUUUUACGGGGUCCCUGCCACCUGUUUUGGUAUACAGCUAAAGGAUAGGGCUAGGGACAUUUUGAGACAUGUUGUGCUGUAGCUCAUGAGGCAUUUAUAAGUAUAUUCUUCAAUAAUCAAUGGGUAAAUAUGAAGAAUUUUAAUAACAAUUAAACAGCUUCCCAAGUUGCAGACUGUAGCUGUAAAUCUUUAUGAAUGUUUCAUGAUUUUCUUGAUGACACUCUACCUAAUGUCUUAUACGUACAGUAUGUAUCCUUCACCACCUUGGAAGUGUAUUUCUGCCCUGGUCUUGUGACACAAAAUAGGUCAGCCUAUUUGAAGGAGUGGUAAAUCAGCUAUUUUUUGCGCUCUCUAGAAUCGUCUUCUUCUAGUAAAUUUUGAUGUUUUCUAUCAACAGAUWUCUCCCAUGGCUCCAUUUGACCUAUCAUAUUUAGAAUAAAAUAAAAGACCGAUACCAUAUGGUUAUGAUUUGUUUAGUUCUUUUGAAUCAAAUUUGAAGAUGGUUUUCACAUUGAACUUGACCGUUUAAGGUGUUCGCUAGGUUGUAAACAAAAAAGUGAUGAGCUGCUUAUGCAUUUCCAUUAUUCCAUUUAAGUUACCAGAGGAAGGAAUAUUGGACUUGAGGAAUAUUGGAAUUGAGGCUUUUCAUUUACUUUCAAAACCAAACCCCAGGGAUGUGUAGAAUAGCAAUUGAACUUAAAUUGUGAUUUUAUCUGAGAGAGAACUCAUUGCAAAUGAAUUCAAUACCUAUUUUUAUCCCACAAAGGGCUUGCAGACAGCAGUGCAAAUACAUAAACAAUGACCCAUCUGGUGCUACUCAUAUCUGGAAAGACUUGAUACUCAUGCCCCUUUGAAAAAGGAGGAACAUACAGAAUAGACAAUUGUAUACUCUUAAUAUUGCUGUGCAGUAUUAAUUUUAAUGUUUGAACAUGUCAUCUAUUUUAGCUACAUUGCUAGCUUUGUUUUAAAUAUUUCAAAUUCCCUAAUUAAUUCCUUCUAAUGAAGUAAUAUCUAGUUACAUUGAGUUAAUCUUACCCUGUGGUAUACAAAACUUUGACUUGUCAAUUUAUAGGUCACAUUACAUACUUUUUUGCCCAAGCAUUAAAUUCUCAAAUUCUGUUAAUGAAGCUGGACCUGCUAUGGUUGAUGUUCAAGACUGUUGAAAUAUGGUUGUAGUGAAGGAUCCUCUUUUGCCAGCUUGAUGUCCCAUUAAUAUUUCCUUUGUCAUUGUCUGCUGGACAGUAUUGUAUCUAACAUUAGUUUUAGAGCCUGCUACAUUGCAGAAAUUGUAUUUAUAGUAUUCAGCAGAGAAAACGUUCAUUUUAUGAUUACAUGUGAACAAUAAUGAUGAAUUAAGUGUGUUUUUGUGAAUAAAUGCACUUUCUGCAUUACCAGAUUC